UUGCUUCACCAGCUCUCAUGUUGAUAAAGUAGCUCUUCACUGUACUUUGUAGCAUCCACCUGUGCUUUGUGCCAGUGCUGGGUUGUUGUGUUUGCUUGUGGUGGCUGUUGCAUGCUGUGUGUGUACAUGUGCAUGUGUGUGUGAUGUCUGAAGCACUCUCAUUUGUUUCUCUUUUGAAAUCCUGUCUCUGACCAUCCCUCUGUGCCUGGAUGGAAGGUGACUGCAUUGCGCUGUUGUGAACUAACAGUUGUGCUGAAUUUGACACUUACUUUCUUUCAGUUUUCUUUCCUUUUUCAGUUCUUGCUACGUUGUAUUUAAUUUUAUUUAUUUUUUAACAAUUGUAAGCACAUGCAUUCUCUGACUCUCUAGACGUGUCGCUGGCUGCUUCAGUCCAUUUACAUGGAACACUAAGCAAGAAUGCCCUGAGUCAUUCACUGAAAUGAGACUUCUUUAAGUCCUAGGUUAGUUAGUGCCUGUUAGUUAGUGCCUUGGUAAUGUAUACACUGGAAAAAAAGUGGUCCAGAUAACCUCACUGUAGAUCUUAAAAGUAUAAACAGUCCAAGUUACCUGAAUGCUAACUCAAAAAUAAGCUAUAUUUCCCAUAAAUGUUUAUUUCACUUUAGCUCAGAACAUAUCUGGUGUGAUACUAAGUAAUGGAAGGCUAUACAGUUAUAUAUAAUCUGUGUUUUGCAGACUGAUGGGUCUGAAAGGCACUUCUAGAUGUUGCAGAGUAGUGUGUGCCUAAUGCUAUUUUAGAAUACAAAUCUAAUGCUCACUUUAAUCAUUUAAGAUAAAUGCUGAUACUUCAGGGUGUGCUCAGUCUGUACAACUGAAGAAUCAAAUAGUGCAAGAAUGAUCUUGAGGCAGAUGUGGGUUCAUAAGAGAAAAUCCUAGUGUAGCCUGAUAGUACAGGAGUGGGUAUCUGUCCAAAUGCUGGAAAUUACAAGGAUGUAUUUCAUUCAUUCUAUGAGAUACAAAAGGAAGGAAAUAGCUUCUUCAAGUGCAUGUCUUUUUUGUUGUUUUGUAGUGUUACAGAAUCAUAGGUUGCUCUGAAAUUUUGCUAACUGUAGGUCAGCUCGUUGGAGCAUUGCUGUUGGCUGUGGCUCCUGAACUGUCUGCUGUAUUAUUUGACAGUGGAAAGUGGCAAAUGCAAAUACUGCUAAAUCCUCUGAGACCACAGUGAGGGAAAGUACAUCAGAAACCUAUGAUGUUGGAGAGGCAAAGAAGCUCAUAUGGAGUGCUUUUGGCAGCAGUCUUAGAGCACUUAUUUACAAUAAUUGUAGAAAUUCAAGCCGUCAGGCAAGAUUUGGGAAAAACUCUUCCUGCAGAUGGUAGUGUUCUCAAUCCUUCACCUACAAAUCUGACCCUACGUAUCAGCGCUUUCAGGGUAUCUUAGAAAGAAUCUAAUGAAUUCUAAAAGGGAUAGAAGGGAUGUAAAAAGAAGCUUGAUUUAUUAGCUAGCGUCUUAGGCUAACCGUUAGAGAACAGCUCACUAACCUGCCCUUCAUGCUCCCCCUCCCCCUAAUUCCUGGAGGUUGCAUGUGCUUCUCAUCCUGCCAGUGCACUGCAUUUCUUGUUUUGCGAUUACUUUUGUCUGUUGUCCCUCUGUCCUCAAAGAUGAUCACCGCACCUAUGGCCCGAGGUGGGAUGCAAAUAAGACCACGGUUCCCGCCUACCACCGCAGUGUCUGCUACACCGCCAAGCUCCAUUCCUAUGGGCGGACAGCAAAUGCCACAGGUCAGUCAGAACAGCAUUACCAUGAUGUCAUCCCCAUCUCCUGUCCAGCAAGCUCAGACACCCCAGUCAAUGCCUCCACCACCACAGCCACAGCCAUCUCCUCAACCAGGCCAACCAAAUUCUCAGCCAAACUCAAAUGUCAGCUCUGGCCCAGCUCCAUCACCCAGCAGCUUUCUCCCCAGUCCAUCUCCACAGCCAUCCCAGAGCCCAGCAGCUGCACGAACACCUCAGAACUUUAGUGUCCCAUCCCCAGGUCCUUUAAACACUCCAGGAAACCCAAACUCUGUCAUGAGUCCAGCCAGUUCUAGCCAGUCAGAGGAACAACAAUAUCUGGAGAAACUCAAACAGCUAUCAAAAUACAUUGAGCCACUCCGGAGGAUGAUCAAUAAAAUCGAUAAAAAUGAAGAUAGAAAGAAGGACCUGAGUAAAAUGAAGAGUCUUUUGGAUAUCCUGACUGACCCUUCAAAACGAUGCCCUCUGAAGACACUGCAGAAAUGCGAAAUUGCACUGGAGAAGCUAAAGAAUGAUAUGGCUGUGCCUACUCCACCACCUCCCCCAGUGCCUCCCACCAAACAGCAGUACUUGUGUCAGCCACUUUUGGAUGCUGUCUUGGCCAACAUCCGGUCACCAGUCUUCAACCAUUCCCUUUACCGCACCUUUAUGCCAGCUAUGACUGCCAUUCAUGGUCCACCAAUCACGGCCCCAGUUAUCUCCUCUCGAAAACGAAAGUAUGAAGAGGAUGACAGACAGACUAUACCAAAUGUGUUACAAGGGGAAGUUGCAAGAUUAAAUCCUAAAUUCCUGGUGAACCUGGACCCCUCCCAUUGCAGUAAUAAUGGCACAGUUCAUCUCAUUUGCAAACUAGAUGACAAGAAUCUUCCAAAUGUCCCACCACUACAGCUCAGCGUUCCAGCGGACUAUCCAGAUCAGAGCCCUUUGUGGAUAAAAAACCCUAGGCAGUAUGCAGCCAAUCCCUUCUUGCAGUCAGUGUAUCGAUACAUGACUUCAAAACUGUUGCAGCUUCCAGACAAGCAUUCAGUCACGGCACUCUUAAACACCUGGGCACAAAGUAUUCGUCAAGCCUGCCUCUCUGCUGCGUAAUAUGUCACUUUCUAAAUCAUGAAGCAAGAAAUCAAGUCUCAACAGCUGGCCUUUUCCACAUACCAUUUCUAAAGUCAUAGGCAUUUUGGGGAGGUUACUUCAGAAGAAAGAAGCCUUACAUUUUUUUGUUUCUAGGUGUCAGGUUCUGUAGAGGACCUGAUAAUAGUUCUAGAUUUCAUGCUUUUUAUCUUCUGCCUCUGUGGACUUCUGUCAGCAUUUUCAAAUAUGCAGAAUGUGUAUAUAUGGUUCUCGAGACUGUAUUAGGAGUUUUUAUCGUCUUCUUAGAGAAGAAAUUAUUUGUGGACUUCCAUCAGGGAGUCUCGUUGGUGAAAGAGGAAGCAGGGAGAGAAUGCCCUAAUGUACUUCAAAGUUUGCUGAGUGCCAGUAUUCCUUUCACACUGUAUGUUUUGUGACCUGAUACUCCCCCAGAAAUAAAAAAAACUGCAAGUAGAACAUGCUUGCAAACUUCCUAGUGUUUGCAGGAAUCUUUUGUCUAUCAGCUUUGCCCUGCCCAGGGUUGGGAUAAAUUAUGGUCUUUCUGGAUAUUCUCAAAUGUGUGAGAUGAAUCAGGAUAAUUAUAUUGGUGGGGGGAAAUACUAAACAGAAGGAAAAAAAUAUUUUCUAGCUUAUUUUAAAUGAUACUUUGUAUAAACAGGUUUUGGUUAGCAUGGACCACAGUUUUCUUGUUCCGAAAGUGCAGCAGUUAGAGGAGAUAUUAAUGUGCACAAUGACUUCCCAUAUAAGUAAAUGUGUGUGUAGAAGUGGUGGUGAAACAACAGUUUAAAGCUGUAGUACCACAGAUCAAUCCAGCAGGCUUGUAACCAUGUCUUCUUUACUAAUGGAAUAGUCAGUCUGAGGCAUCUGACUUGGUUGGAGGAGUUGAUGCAGUUUAGUUGCUACAUGGUGAGUUUUGUUUUCUUUUGCUUCCUUUUUAAGAGAAAAGGACAAAAAAAGUAAAAGCCAACAAAAAACCACACCACACAGCUCAGUAGCAGAUCUGACAACUAUUAUUUUGUGCCUUGAGCAAAAUACAGAGCACACAGGUUGGUUGUCAGCUGCUGUAUUGCUGUGCACUUCCAAUGAAAACACUUGCCAUGAAUAAUGAAAUUUGUUUUCUUUUUCCCCAUUCUCAUAGUUUGUUUGCUCUUAUUUUCUUAGUGCAGAAACAAAUUCAGGUUUCAGAUGUUCCAGUUAUAUCCUAUUUUAUCUCCCUGUGUUGUGCAGCAAAUCUUAAAGAGCAGCUGCACUUUCUCACAGUAGCGCCAAGAAAUUGCAUUGACCUUCGUAAAUGUGUGAUGUCGUUGGUUUUAGUAUCUUUUUCAGUGUGGGUACUUAGUAACCACUAACUGAGGCAGCAGAAUGCUAUCGGUAUUGUGUACAUGAACUAAUGCAUUAUCUGUUUGUUUCUAUUGUAAUAAAUUUAUUAUUAUUCCUGUGUUGGAUGCUAACAUUAUACUACUCUUCCCAUGUUGAUCCUCAGAUACCAGUUCUGUUGCAUCCCUUGGAUGAUGGUUACUUUGUUCUAGGGUAAGUGAAAACUCACACACUUUGAGGGUUAGGAGAAAUCAAAAUGGCUUUUCAUUUCAAGCAGCACCAUCUUUAUGCUCCUCAUAGUAAAUUACUUGAAAGACCUGAGCAAGAGGUUAGUGAUUAUGUCUGCAAGAGAAGAUGCAACUUUUUAACCAGUACUGUUACAUGGCUGCUUCUUAGAGCAAAAGAACCAGUGGCAUUAAUACAGUUCUGCUGGACGGAUGUUUUCAUCACAAAAACUUUGGAUGCUUAUUGAAAUACAUAAUUGACAUAAUCCAAGAAAUGAGGAUGGAGCUGUUUGGUUUUUUUUUCUUCUGUACUUUUUUUUAAGCAUUGCUAGGGUCUAAAGUUGCAACACGAAUGACAUUUCUGAAUUUAUUUAAAAUCUAUCUGGAGAUAGAUGCAAAGCACACUAUGAAUGUCCUUCAGUUUUCCAGUAUUUCCUUUGUGCAGUGUGGCUUUACUUCAAACAAGAUAUAAUGAGGUGUUAGACUUAGUGUGGUGUAGGCAUUCUAGCAUACUGCAGCAUCUCAAUUAAGAAAUAAAUACUGAAAACAGAAAAUGAAUCAUGUGCCUGCAGCAUGUCAAAUUAAUAGCUGGAUAUUAACAAAUAGUUUGUUUUGAUGGGCAAAUGAUCGUAAAGUGUUUCUGAAUCUUGUUAAAUAUAAAAACACUAUUCCCAAAUUCUUGGAAAGAUGCACCAAUAAAUUAAUGUUAAUGUUUGGGAACUUUAUGAACUAUCAGGGGCACUGUGAAUACAAAAAACACGUUAUGAAAAAUUCAGGGAUUCCUGCCUUUUAGAAUAACAGAUAUGUUGUGAAAUGAAAAAUACAGAAAUCUGAUCCUCUCAUUUCUUCAAUAAAUAGCAUACAAAAACAGUCAUAAUCAGCUUUUAAUUGAAAUGAGAUGCUAAUAAGAACUGAGGAAUUUAUCAUAAAACUACAGCAUUAAAUGUUCAAAGCAGUCAUAAGCAAGAUGAAUAAUAAGUUUUGACUUCUAAGUACUGUUUGAAGGUGGUUUGUGUUUUGUUUUUCAUUUCAGUGGUGGCAAAACAUUUUUGUAAUGGGCACUGGAGCGGCAAUCAAACUGAUAGCUAAAUAAAUCUUACUGUAAUUGCCUGAAACCA